CUAUUGUACAAAUUUGCUGUCGCACAAACCUCCUCUCGCCUUUUAUGGGCGCAUACGAUAUCUGGACUGUCCUGACGAAUCUAAAGUCUUGCUCCAAGCAUGCUGAACGCAAUCAAGCUCAGCGAGCUGCUCGCCAAAAAUGUCGAUCCCCAGCUCUAUCCACGCAUGUUCGUUAUGUCGCCCAACGGCACGUUAAUGGCGUAUUCCACGCCCGUCGACAUCAAGGAGCUACGGGACCAAGCCGCUCUCAUAUCCAUGGCGUGGAAGGAGCAUGAAGCCAGCCGGAAACUACAAAGCUCAGCCCACGACGGAGCUGAAGACUCUACAGCACCUCUCGAAACGCUCACUAUCGAGACGCAGCACAACAAUAUCAUCGUCCGGGCGCUCCAACCGAAGCUGCUACUGGUACUGGUAGGCGGUGUUCCGCCUUCCCGAAAAGCAUCAUUCAAAAUCACCGCCGAAGCACAUGGUGACCAGAGGUAUCCGGCGUCCGAUGUACCCGAGCAACCGCCCGCCAGCCAGCCACAACCCGGCGACUCGUCGGCGGAGAGUUCGUUGCCUUCGGGAGAGGACGGCGCACCCGUGAAACAAAAGGCCGCGUCCAUUCUGAGCACUAUGAGCCAGCGGGAGAGAGACAUCAAAGUUGGCGCGCUCCACAUCCAGCGGAAGAAGAUUGACGCUUUAACGGACUUCAUCCGGGCAGAUUUCGAUGCGAAGGGCUUUGUAAUGCCGGACGAUUCUAGCUUUCCUUAGCGAGUAGGGUAGGACCACUCCGGUACCGCAUCUCGUUAGUCGUUUGUUUCCGUUUGCUUUUCGCCGCCAAGCGAUACAUGUAGCUUUUCGUCAAUGUUCUAGUUUCCUCGCUGCAAGAUUCCCAACGUCUCAUUCUUCUUCUGUAUACCUGCAUGAGCGUAUGUAUGCAUAAUAGAUUUUAUCGUGCGAUUGGAUCUUUUCCGUUUUAAUUCAGGUACGUACUGGGAGGAGGAUUUUCUACUUGAUUCAUGUCAUCCAUCAACCCCAUUUGUGCCCCACGCCAUAAUGGCUUCACCUUUCAUCUAAGUUCAACUUUCAACGAUCCAACAACAGUCAAGGCAAGAUGCAUGGAAGCCCAUUUGCGCCACGGAAAUCUAUGAAAGCGGAACAAGAGCUUCGUCGCUCAGCAAGAGUCAGGGAAAGA